AUGCUCCGCCGCCGCACGGGCAAGGACAAGGUCCCGCCCAACUCCAUCAGCUCCGGCUCCAAGUCUGAGGAGGCUCGGCUUCGCGAGGAAUUUGGUGAUGCAAAGGUUAAGCAGCUUGUUCUCAAGCCCCGGAGCAAACGUCGCAAUGGGUUCAUCUUCGUACUGGGCGGACUGUUCGGCAUCUUUAUCGCCCUGUUCUUUGCGAACCAGUCGGAGGUUAUUAGUCUGGACUCGCUCAUGGACCUGAACCUUGAAUCUUUAAUGGACGCCAUUCCUCAAGGCAUUGUAAGCGACGUGAAGCAAUUCUCGCAGCAUGAACGCGAUACUGUCAGCUAUGACUCCUUCUCUGUGGGUCUACACCUUCAAUCCCAAGGCGUUCAAGCCAAGCAUCCCGUUGUCAUGAUACCCGGCGUGAUCUCGACUGGUUUAGAGAGCUGGGGCACGGGCGAGAACUCGCGCCAAUACUUCCGUCGACGAUUAUGGGGCAGCUGGAGCAUGAUGAGAGCGCUGGUCAUGGAUAAAGCAGAGUGGAAGAACCACGUCAUGCUUGACCGGGACACUGGCCUUGACCCGCCUGGCAUCAAGCUGCGUGCGGCGCAGGGAUUCGAUGCGACGGAUUUCUUUAUCACUGGAUACUGGAUUUGGAACAAGAUUUUGGAGAACCUGGCCACUAUUGGUUAUGAUCCUACAAAUGCCUUUACGGCUGCCUACGACUGGCGGCUGUCAUAUCUGAACCUUGAAGUUCGCGAUAAGUAUUUUACUCGGCUCAAGUCUUAUAUUGAGACAGCGGUGCAAGUGCAAGAUGAGAAAAUCACACUGGCGUCGCACAGCAUGGGGUCGCAGGUGGUGCUGUACUUCUUCAAGUGGGUGGAGAGCGAGGAACACGGCAAGGGCGGCAAAGACUGGGUCAACAAGCACAUUGACUCGUGGGUCAAUAUUAGCGGCUGCAUGCUGGGCGCCGUCAAGGGUUUGACAGCCGUGCUAUCCGGCGAGAUGCGGGAUACCGCACAGCUCAACGCCUUCGCGGUGUACGGAUUAGAGAAGUUCCUAUCCAAGGAGGAGCGCGCAGAGAUCUUCCGCGCCAUGCCGGGAAUCUCCAGCAUGCUCCCCAAGGGCGGCGAAGCCGUCUGGGGAAAUGCUACCUGGGCGCCGGACGACCAGCCUGGCCAGCCUUUGUCUUUUGGCAACCUGCUCAACUUCCACGAGACCAACUCGUCCUGGACGAGACGGAAUCUCACCACCACAGAGAGCCUGCAGUACCUCUUGGACCAAAGUGAGGAUUGGUAUCGCAAUCAGGUACUGGGCAGCUACUCGCACGGUGUAGCCCACACAAAGCGCGAAGUGGAAGCCAACGAGAAAGAUCCUCGCACAUGGCUAAAUCCUCUCGAGUCACGUCUACCAUAUGCCCCCGAUAUGAAGAUCUAUUGUUUCUACGGCGUGGGGAAACCCACAGAGCGCAGCUACUUCUACCAAGAAGAGACUGACCCUCUUGUUAACCUCAACGUCAGCAUGGACACCACCAUCACCAACAGCGAGGGUGUCGAUCGCGGUGUGCUUAUGGGCGAGGGUGAUGGAACCGUCAACCUGCUAAGCACGGGUUAUAUGUGCGCCAAGGGCUGGCGCAUGAAGCGGUACAACCCAGCUGGUACCAAGAUCAAGGUCUUUGAGAUGCCACACGAGCCAGAUCGUUUCUCGCCUCGUGGUGGACCUAACACCGGUGACCACGUCGAUAUCCUCGGCCGCGCAUCUCUAAACGACCUCCUCCUCCGCGUUGCCGGUGGCAAAGGCGACCAAAUCGAAGAGACCUUCGUCUCGAAUAUCCGCGAAUAUGCAGAUCGUGUACAGAUCUUUGACGACUAA